ACUUGGCUGUUCUUUAUCGCGAUAAUUGAAUAAUUUGGAUCUAAUUUCUCGCGAAAAGUGUUUAAUUAUUAAUUAAGAGUACCAUUUAACGGAUCAUCGACCCUGGUCGAAAUCAUGAUCACUAAAUAAUCCAUCUGCACGUAUGUACCUCGUAUUAUAGGCUAUAUAAAAUGGGUAACGCUGGAAGCAACUCCAGGGAGAGGCAUAAGUCUUGCGAUUUAGAUAUCAUCUCGCCUCAUAGAGAUUCUCAAAGUCAAGCUUUCAUAUUCGAUAAAAGCUCCGAGAAUUCAGCUUAUCAAGAACCUAGUAUCGAAGAAGAUGUGUCAUACUGUGAUAAACAACAUCUUUCAGUGGACGAUCCCACUUUGCUUCAGCAUUCCACAGAUGGAAACGAUAAAUCGGGCUUAUUACCUACCGUUUUCAAAUGGGAAGGUGGUGGAAAAGAUGUAGCCAUCAGUGGGACGUUUUCCGACUGGAGACCAGUUCCUAUGGUCAAAAGUCAUGGUGAUUUUGUUACAAUAAUCGAUCUUCCUGAAGGCGAACACGAGUAUAAGUUUUGCGUCGACGGAGAAUGGAAAUGUGAUCCUACCAAUAAAAUAAUUGAUAACGGUGUAGGAUCGAAAAAUAAUGUAGUUACCGUUAAGAAUACCGACUUCGAAGUAUUUCAAGCUUUAGACAUGGAUAGUGAAAAUUCCAGUUCUUCUAAUCAAGCUAGCGAAUAUUCUCAAGAAAUUCCAGCUCUUCAAAAACCUUGGGAAAGAAUGCACGGACCUCCUAUUUUACCCCCUCAUCUUUUGCAGAUUAUUUUGAAUAAGGAUACGCCGCUCUCUUGCGAACCGACUUUAUUACCAGAACCAAACCACGUAAUGUUAAACCAUUUGUAUGCGCUUUCAAUUAAAGAUGGUGUCAUGGUAUUAAGUGCUACUCAUCGUUACCGUAAAAAAUACGUUACAACUUUACUAUAUAAGCCUAUAUAAGGUAUUUAUACUAUCCUAAUGUAUUUUUAAACCCUUCUAUUUACAAUUUUAAAUGAAAAAAAGAAAGUUUUAAUAUUUUUUAAAGCUCGUCGGUUUGUAUUGCUUGUUUUGUAUUUGUACUGUAUUUUUCCUCUUUUUUUUCUCUUUUUUUUUUUUGGAUGAAGUAAAAAUAAAAUAUUUAUUUGGGGA